CUAACGCUAAAGAUCUUAUCGUAGACUUUUGGUGAAUUGUUUUCAAACAUUUCCAACACAAUUCAAUUAAUAAAUCGACCAAAUGAGUGUCGAAGAGAACUAUUCUGUUCUACAAACUUAAACGUCCAUUUCUUAAUUAAAACAAUAACAAACUUGUAAUGGACUGGCUACUGGCAACACCGCAGUUACAUAGCGCCUUCUCUUCAUUGGGUUCCCUUGAAGGGGACACCUACGUUGUUGGUCCUGAUGCGUUAGCUAUCCUGGAGGAAAUAAACUAUAAACUAAUCUAUGAAGACCAGACGUUACGCACCUUUAGGCGCGCCAUCGGCUUCAGCCAGAAUGUGCGUUCCGAUCUGAUACCGCUGCUGGAGAAUACCAAGGAUGAUGCUGUGCUCGAUUCGGUCAUACGCAUCUUGGUUAACUUGACUGUGCCUGUAGAGUGCCUCUUCUCGGUAGAUGUUAUGUAUCGCACCGAAGUCGGUCGGCAUACCAUCUUCGAGUUGAAUAAGCUGCUCUAUACAAGCAAGGAGGCCUUUACCGAUCCGAAAAGCACAAAAUCUGUUGUCGAGUACAUGAAACACCUUCUGGAGUCCGAUUCGAAAUUGUCAUUGCAAAAAUGUGACAAAAUUAACAACUGCUUGCUGUUGCUGCGCAACGUUUUACACAUUCCAGAGACGAAUGUGAACUUGGUUAUGCCCUCAGCACAUUCUCAGCAGGGCGGUUCGAACCCGGUGUCGAUGCAGAAUGCGAUACUCUGGAACCUUUUCAUACAAAGCAUUGACAAGCUGCUGCUCUACCUUAUGACAUGUCCGCACCGCGCCUUUUGGGGUGUCACCAUGGUGCAGCUGAUCGCGUUGAUGUACAAAGAUCAGCAUGUCAGCACACUGCAAAAGCUGUUGAAUUUUUGGUUUGAUGCUUCGCUAUCGGAGAGUUCGGAGGAUAACGAGAGCAAUACCUCGCCACCAAAACAGGGUAGCGGUGACUCUAGUCCCAUGCUUACAUCGGAUCCCACUUCUGAUUCAUCGGACAAUGGUAGCAACGGCUGCAAGAACGAGAGCGCCGAAGAUCGCCGGCAGGCCAUGCGCGAGGAGGCCACGGAAGCCAUGUUGCAGGAAGUUAGCCGCAAGGGACACGAAUAUCAAAACUCGAUGUGUGACGCGCAGGUGAAAAAGGAGGAUUUGUGUAGCGCUGACAACAAUGUCGACUGCGAACAGCCGUGCAGAUCGCCAACGGCUGUCGAUGUGACACGCAUACACAUAAAAGUCGAAGCAAUGGAUGAGAUGGGCGAUGAUGAUGGAGUUGAACGAGGCGGCGGUUCGGACGAGUUGGCCGACUCAAAACAACCUAGCGGUAUGAUUGAAGAUUGCAACAACCAACAACAACAAGAACAACCAGCUAAACGUAGUCAACACACUACCCUCAAGCCGAAGCAAAUCGACGCAGAUGCGACAAAAUUCAAAGCGCCACCAGUGGUAGCGAAAUCCAAGCAGACGUUGUCGGGAUCGGCUUACAUGAAUGCUGAUGAGGUCAAUCCGACGCCGAAGCUUUGCCAAAAGGUGCCGCAUGCCGGUCAGCUGAGCCUAACAAAGGGUAACAGUGGCCCUCAGAAGCGCGAAUGCCCCUCCUCACAAUCGGAGUUAUCGGAUUGCGGCUACGUUACACAGGUGGAGAAUCAGGAAUCCAUAUCCACCUCGAGUAAUGACGAUGAUGGUCCACAGGGUAGGCCGCAACAUCAGAAACCACCAUGCAACAGUAAACAGCGUAGCAAGCAGCGAAUUGUGAUGGCCACGGUGGACAAGAAGGAUACGCGCCGAAAGAAGCUCGUCAAGCGCAGCAAGAGUAGCCUUAUCAGCAUGAAGGGUCUGGUACAACACACACCAACCGAUGAAGAUAUCUCGAAUCUGCUGAAGGAGUUCACAGUCGAUUUCCUACUCAAAGGCUAUGACUGCCUGGUGGGCGAGUUGCACUCACAGCUGCUGACCAAUAUCAAAAUACCCAUCGACACAUCACAUUUCUUCUGGUUGGUCACCUACUUCUUGAAAUUUGCCGCUCAGCUGGAGUUGGAUAUGGAGCACAUUAGUGCAGUGCUUACCUAUGAUGUCAUCAGCUAUUUGACUUAUGAAGGUGUAACGCUUUGCGAGCAAUUGGAAUUGAAUUCUCUCCAGGAGGGCAGUGAUCUGAAGCCAUAUUUGCGACGCAUUCAUUUGGUCGUAACGGCCAUACGAGAGUUUCUGCAAGCGAUUGAGACCUACAAAAAAAUAAACCAUUUGAGUGAAGAUGAUCGUUUACACUUGCGACGUCUACAAAGUCAAAUCAGUUCCACUGAAGAUUUGCGCUGCCUAUUCGUUUUACUUUUACGACGAUUCAAUCCAAAUCUGCACACCAAACAGUAUCUACAAGAUUUAGUAGUGACAAAUCAUUUACUACUUUUGAUUAUGGAUUUCAUCACACAAACAGAAGGCGAUACCAGCAUCAAAAUGACGGAGCAUAUAUCUCAGUUUGCAACACUCGAGAUAAUGAACUACUAUGGCAUGCUUUUGGAGGACUUCAACAAUAAUGGCGAGUUCGUUAACGAUUGCAUAUUUACAAUGAUGCAUCAUGUGGGCGGUGAUCUGGGUCAGAUUGGCACGCUAUUCCAACCGAUUAUAUUGAAGACAUUCUCGCGCCUUUGGGAGACCGAUUAUGAGUUGUGUGAUGAUUGGUCCGAUUUGAUCGAGUAUGUCAUACAUAAAUUCAUAAAAACACCACAAAAGAGUCCGAUGUCCCUGCCAAAGGCUUCACUCACCGAACUAACCAAGGAACACAACUUGGAGAAUACAAUGUGCGCUUGGACUCAGGAGGAAAUGGACACGUUGUACUGGUACUAUGUGCAAAGCAAGAAGAAUAAUGAUGUUGUUGGCAAAAUCGUAAAGCUAUUCAACAACAAUGGCAAUAAGCACAAGUCUCGCAUUUCCAUUGUACAGCAGCUACUGCAGCAAGAUAUCAUAACUCUAGUGGAGUAUGAUGAUCUCAUGAAAUUCGAAGAUGCCGAGUACCAACGCGCAUUACUUACCACGCCAACUUCGACUUCUACCGAAUCGGGCAUUGACUUAAAGAAUUCCUCAAGUUUUGCUAAGCCUUCUGAUGAUAUACAGAUUCUGCGUGACCUUAUAGUUAAAGAGAAUAAGGAAAAACAUCUGGUUUGGUUGCAAAAAAUAUUGCUUGAGUGUUGUUAUAUAAAGCUGAUUUUGAAGAACUGUUUAAAACGUGAAGAUCGACAGGAUUUGCAGUAUGUUAUGGAACCAGUGGCUUAUCAUUGUAUAUUUAAAAACAAAUCGAUUCCUGUCGUGCAAUGGAACAGCGAACAGGCAACAACAAUGCUCUAUCAACCCUUCGUACUACUAUUACACAAGCUUGGAUUUCAAUUACCUGCCGAUGCGGGUUCGAUUUUUGCACGCAUUCCCGAUUUCUGGACCGCAGAAAUGAUGUUCAGUUUGGCGCGCAAGCUGGGACCCCUGGACAAAUUGUUGAUCAAGUUCGAUAUGAGUCAGUUUGAGGAAGCAAAUGCAAUAGAGUCGCAGCGUUGUUAUCACGCAACAGCCGCACGUGGCUCGCUUUCCUCAAUGUCCAGCCUGGAAAUGGAUACUGGCGGUUCCGAUGAGUACACAGCUGUGGCUAGUGUCGGCAUGGAGGAGGGUAAUCGCAAUGGUAGAUCGAGCACAAAUGGACGUUCGAGUAGUGGAAGCGGUAGUAUGUUGGCGCCAGUGCUGGAGGUUGAUGCUAAAUUGGAGAAGGCGAGCGCGUCGUCAUCCAGUGAUAUUUUUGCUAUGCCAAGAGCAAAGCAUUGUAAUUCGAUAAUAAGAUUUACACCCGAGGCCGCACCAUUGCCACCAGUACCGAAUUGGUUGCAAUUGGUAAUGCGCAGCAAGAUGAAUACAAAUACCAUAGCAUCGUCCUUGGAUGUCGCUCUCAAUGGGAACAAUGUAGUUACAACAGCAACAACAACAACAAUAACAGCAACUGCAAAUGAAAGCACAAGCAUUGCAGUAGCACUGACUGCUUUGGUGACAACUGCCACAACAACAACAGCAGCAGCUGCAACAUCAACCACUGCAACAAUACAGCAACAACACAGUGUUGUAGUCUCGGCUGCCUUAGCGCCACAAACAGCAAUACCAAUCCCCACAGACCAGUGUCCACCAUCCAUCAACAAUACAAUUGGCUUGAAUAAUGAGACGAAUAAUAAAGCGAAUAGCCGCAGCGACAGUGCAGGCACAAGCAGCUGCAACAACGACAACAAUACGAAUACUAGUAGUGCUGAUGAAAUGAACGAUUGCCGCAAUGGCAGCAACAUGUAUGCUACAAGCAACAACAUUAACAUCCAAAUCAGCAAAAGUGGCGACAACAACAACAUGAAUGGUGAUGGCGAUAGUAGCGGCAUUGUUGGUGGCGGCAGCGGCAGCUAUACUGGCAGUGACAGCAGCGGCAGCACUACAAUCAUCCUUUCUGGCACGAACAGUAGCAGCGCCAGUGGCAGUGGCAGCAACAGUUGCCACAAUAAUCAACAGGAGAACAAAAGUGUGGCAACCAUGCAAUGUGGCUUUCGAAUACCCACAGCUUUGCCAGCAACAACUAUGCCAACAAUGUCUAAUGUGACAGCAACAGCAAUGGCAGCGGCUGCAGCUGCAGCCGUGGCAGCCACUGAUAAUUUUAUCAUCUAUCAGAAACAGCAACAACAAAUGCAUAAACAACAUCAGCAACAACAACAACAGUUGCAAGCACAACAGCAACAGCAUCAGCAACAGUUGCUACAACAACAGCAACAACAUUUUGAUGCGGCAAUAAAGACAUACGAACGUAGCGAGCAGCCACAGAGCAUCGACAUGAAUUUCAGUGGUAUUGGAGGUGGUGGUGGCGAAGGUGGCGUAGGUGGAGGUGCUGGCCUGAUUAUAACCGCCGGCGUUGGCGCUGGCUGUGGUGUUGGUGUCAACGUCGGUGUUGGUACUGGUACUGGUACUGGUGGUAUACUCAGCGUGGACGGUUGUGCCUCAAGUGCGAUUGGUGGUAUUCACAGCAACUUGGAGAGCGAAUACAGCGCCAUGGUCGCAUCGGUGUACGAGCAUGAAACUGCCUUCAGUAGUCGUGCCUACGUAGCCUCGGACCUGACAUGCAUGUACGUUAGCGAUGAAGAGGAUAAAAAUUAGUUUCCGGUGAGGCAUUUCAACUAAAGCUGAUGACGAAACACUUCCACUAACACAAACACACAAAACAUACAUAAAUAUGCGAGAAUUAUGACACAGAAUUAUAGAAAUCAUUGUGCAAAAAUUCUGGUAUGUAAAUCAUAAGAAUGUAAAAAUUAGGGCAAGUUUUUCUACAAACGGCCUUUACACAGUAAAGAAUGUGAUUUUGAAAAGGGAAACUUUUUAUAUGUAUGUUUGUGUUAUUGCAUGAGAAAAAUAAAAACAUGCAAAUGAAAAAAAAUGUAGUGAAAAUUGAGCCCUAAAGUGCCGGCUUAGAUAUACAAAUAUAUAAACAUACAUACAGACAUACAUAUGUAUAUGCUUAUACAAAUUUAAAUAUAUUUCCUUUCUACAUUUUAUUUAUGUAAGACAAAUCUAUCUACUUGUUUAUUUUAGUAUAUUUAAGUGUAAAAUUAGUUAAUAACACUAACGAAGCUUUUAACUUUUAAAGUUAAAAAGUGCAUAUUUUUUAAAGUAAAAUAAAUACAUACAUUUAUAUGUUUAGAAGGCACUAACAUUCUUACUGACACAUACUUAUAUACAUAUGUAGUUUUCUAUGCAAAAGCUUUGAAGAUUGGCUUGGCUAGUCGAAGAGCAAAUAAGACGAAAUUCAGGCGGAAAAAUUUUACACGAAAACAUGUACCCUUUCAACUAACUUAUUUUUCAUAUGAACUCACAGAAUUUGUUGUGGUCUGCUGGCUUUUGCGAAUUUAAAGCACAAGAGGAUAUUUUGGAAGUUUUCCAAAAAAGAAAAAAAAACUAAUUGGACUUUUCCCAAAA